GUUGUUGUCUGUAGUUGUAAUAAUAGAGUAAUUUCAGAUUUCAGAUUCGAAUAUUAUAUUUUAUAAAUGUAAAAUCAUUAAAGACUUUAUUAAAGACUAUUUAUGGAUUCUAAGUACAACAACAGUCAACACGGCGUGGAUCACCACAGUUAUCUAUGCGAGCGCAAACAGCGGGUAUCCAUCAAAGAUCGAGGCGACCUGUUCAUCAAGAACAUUGAGACUCAGGUACUUGAGCUCUACCGUUGCAAUGUCAACAAGCAACAGUUGCAAGAGUCCUCCUCCAAUACCGAUGACCAGAUACAGGCGACAAUGCAGCAGGUGGCCAACGUGGAUAAGCAGAUUGAAAAGGAAAUCCUUAAAUUACGCAACUUUCGGUACUGUUUCCUCAACGAACUCGAAAGGAAAAACACAAAACGCAAACCGGCAACGAUGCAAGCGACCAACAAGAAUCUGACUUGGUCACAGAACCUAUCCAAAAAGCAUGCACCAAUCUCGAGCGCUGAGAGUCCAGAUCGAGCAAGACGACAGCAAGCGCUGCAUUGUCCUCAGAACCUAACUGGAAAAGAUGAUGAGUUCUCCAUUGACAAGCGUCGUCAAAACCUGAAGGCAAAUUCCAAUUUUAGCACCAUAGACACCGUCGAGGAGGAGCCGAGAAUAGUCAAAAAAUUGCCGAAUGUGAACGAUGUCGCAUAUCAAGGACUACAUCAGCCGGCAGUGCAAGACGAAACAAGUCGCUUGACUGGUGGCAGUGCCUAUGAACGCUGUGAUGAUCUGUCAGUCUAUCAGCUGGAUUAUCCUCCUUCAUCGAAUGAAACAAACCGAACUCAGAUUGGCUAUUGCCAGGGUUGUAAUCGAUAUUUUUGCUAUUACAAUAAGCCCAUAACAAGGCCGCCCAAUCCCUGGAGCUAUCAGUAUCCUUUGGAACCCAUUUACCAACACAUGUCGUACAAUGAGAGUCCUCAGCCGUCCUAUGAAAAGCGGAAAACUGAUUUAAAUACAGAACAAUUUUGUCGCGGUUCUCCAUUGGCUAUUCUGUCCAGAGCUCCCACACCCCGACAGCAAAAAGGCCCCAUUGAGAAGUCCAAGCCCAAAUACCCAACUAGUCAUCAGAAAUCACAAAAACAAGACACUCCCCCGAAAGUAUCGGUUAGAAAACAGGAAGCGGACAAAUCUGAUGCUCAAAGAUGGGCAAAGUCGAAGAUAAAAAAAGAUAAAAUGAUUAUUAAAGCAUAUGUGGCAGCGACAAAGUCACCCAUUAAUAAUGACUACAUGGAUCUGGAUACGAAGUUGCGUCUGCAUCGUGAAUACCUGAAUAUGUAUAAGGAAGAGGAGCAGAAAACAGCCAGGAAGGGUUCAAGCCGAAAUACUUUUGGUAUUGAGACCAAUCCCACUUAUACAAGACUGCCAAUGAUAAAAGUUGAAGCUACAGAGGAGAAGCAAGACAGUGCCCUCGAAGAGACAGUGCAGGAUGCAAAAGCUGCGCCCGUAAGCGAUCCCCCUCAAGAAACGGGAGUAGAAAAAAGCAGCGUGCCACAAAUGACAAAGUUGCAAACGCGUAAUAAAAUCAAUGAAUCCGCAUCAGACGAUCAAACGAAUGAAGUAGUUGAAGAAAUAUUUACACAAUCAACCGUUGCCGAUGACAAGAACAUAAGCGUGGAGCAUUCUCUGCGAGAAUAUUGUAGACAACUGCCGGCAACGGAUACCCAAGCAGGCCAAACGUUCUCACACCAAUCCAUAACACCUGCUCAGUUUGUUUCGGACGGGAACUCGCCAAUCGAAACGACUCGAAAACAGAUAACAAUCGAGGCCCAGGUAGACGAUACUCCUGGAGACUGGCAGACAACAGGGAGUCUUCAAGUGACACCCGAAAAUUUACAACAUGAUCUGGAGCGGGGAAAUACCGUUCCACAGUUUACCCAACAGCAUGAUUUUGCGUUAAAUUCGGUGCAACAAACAUCAAUUAACCAAGAAGAAGCAUUCCAAGCGCCCGAGUGGCUCCAAAUCGAGCCUGAUGAAUACAGGAAUUGCCUUCAACAAAAUUCGGCUCCUACUCACAACCAGCUAUCUGAGCUUCAAGAUUGCCAAGAGGUUAUGCAAUCUCAGCCCCAGGCAGACAUUGCUGUUGUGAGCUUUAAUUAUGCGCCAGAUUCUUCAGUAAACAAAGCUGACAGUUCUUCAGGCUGUCAUUUGGCACGGAUUGACAACCGGUGCCAAGUCGUCGAGUCAACGGAUGACAUCUACGAUACAUGCAAUGGCAAAUUCAAAAGCCAGUUCAAUAAUUGCCGAGAAUAUCCUGUGGAAAGGGGGCAAAACUAUAACAAUACAGAACUUGGUAAUACUCGAAUCGACCAUGACUACUUUAUGGAAAGUCAAAGCAAAAUAUCCCCGCAAGUCCACAAUCCCUUGUCAGUAUCAGAGCAAACGGAGCAAAGGACAACUAACCUUGAACUGUACACUAAAUUCCAACAUUUCAUUGGUAGAUCAACUAAGCAGCUGCCAUUUAACUACACCUACGAGUCCCAGUGGAAGCAAAGGAUUAAACCCAAGCAGCUGGCAAUUAACAGCCAGCAGACACCGAUCAAAUCAACCCAUUUAGUGACUUUUAAAGAUGAGAUCGGCUUCAGUGAGAAGAACAAUGCAGUUACAAGCUACGUGGAUCAGGAGCAAGUUACUGACUUCGACUCGGGCUUGAGAGCAGACUCUGCUGAAAUGGGGACAAUUCUUCAACAGAUCGCUGAGGAUGUUUCAUUAACAGAGUCCUACUUAUCAAACAGCUCGGCAGAGUUUACAUGCAAUGAGUCCAAAUUCGAGGAGGAUAUUUUAACAUGCAACGAAUCUCAAACGGAUAUGGAAGACAAUCAAAUUCCACCCUUUUCGUGUUGUCCCUGCAUGUACGAGGACUAUCUGAAGCUUGCUGGCCAAGGAUAGAGCUCAUCUGUUUAAAAUGCCUCAACAUAGAAUAUAUUCUUGAUCAAAAUACUUAAACUAAAAUACUAAUUUUAAGAAAAUUCUCUAAAUGUAAAAUCAUGU